AAGAUUGAGCCAAUCAGUACCAUGGACCUUUAGGAGCACUUGUAGCAUGCGUUCCCUACGUAAGACUGUGCUGUUAGCUCUGGUAGCAUCAGUGGUGCUGGUUUUGGCAGUGCUACAUUCCUGGCCCACGCGGGUCUACAGCACUGUGGAUGUCCGGUACAGACCGGGUCCUGGAGCUGAGCGGUUGCUGGAGGAGAGACUUCCUGAACCAGAUCCCAGUACUAGCACCAUCCCUUACAGAGUGAGGGAGAGUGUGGCCAGGCUUUUGGCUCGCAACGGCUGUGUUUGUGAAGGAGACAGCAGAGGGGUCAACCUGCCCUUUGCUCAGCUGUUGUUCCCUAGAGUGUCUGCCCAUCCGCUGCACACUGCCUUCCAGGCCUCCCAGCUCCAUGAGAUGAAGAAACGGCGCGCCAAAGAGUAUCAGAGCUUUCAAAUGAGGUCGCAGACCCCUGCUGAUCUGCUGAUUGUAGCUGAAGCUACCAACCCUCUGCAGUACCCAACCCAGGGUGUGGAGGUUCGGCCACUUAAAACUAUCCUCAUACCAGGUUUGGCCUUAAAAGAGCUGCCCCGAGAUGUAUAUACUCUGAACUUUUCAGCAUCUCUGGGCACAUUUAAUGUGGCAGCAGAGGUGGAGGGGGUAAAGGUCAGGGGUGAUGGCGAGAUGCACAUGACCCUGAGCAGCAGCCUUUUGUCCAGUCUGAAUCGACAGCUCCAGUUUAUCACAUAUACUAACACGUUGUUCCACCCCAGCACAGCUGACACAGUGCAGUUAGACACAGAAGGACAUCAAGCUCUGUUUACCAUCAAGAUCCGUCAUGGAGUUACACCCAAACUCUACAACACAGGCUCUGAUGCAGAUAAAGAGUAUAACAUCAGUGCUCUCGUGACCAUAGCAACUAAAACCUUCCUGCGCUAUGACAAGCUCCAGGAUUUAAUUGACAGCAUACGACAGUACUAUCCAACAGUUACAAUAGUGAUAGCAGAUGACAGUGAGCACCCGAAAACAGUAUCAGGCCCAUAUAUUGAACAUUACAUCAUGCCCUUCGGAAAGGGCUGGUUUGCUGGUCGUAAUCUGGCCGUGUCACAGGUCACCACCAAAUAUGUGCUAUGGGUGGAUGAUGACUUUAUUUUUACUGCCAACACAAAGCUGGAGAAGCUGGUGGAUGUGCUGGAGAAAACCACACUUGACCUGGUUGGAGGAGCAGUGCGUGAAGCUACAGGCUACACUGCCACCUACAGGCAGACAAUCUCAAUUGAAGCUGGAGAGGAAGACGGGGACUGUCUGCACAUGCAUAGAGGCUUCCAUCACAUCAUCCAGGGCUUUCCUCACUGUGUUGUCACUGAUGGAGUCAUCAAUUUCUUUCUUGCCAGGACAGAUAAAGUGCAGCAGGUGGGCUUUGACCCCCGGCUAGCCCGUGUUGCGCAUUUGGAGUUUUUUAUCGAUGGACUCGGCUCCCUGCAUGUUGGGUCAUGUGAUGAUGUCAUAGUGAACCACGCCACCAAAAUCAAGCUGCCGUGGGGCCAGUCGGAAAGCGACAAAACUUACGCAAGGUUCCGCUACCCUCCUGCUUCAUCUGAUGCGACACACACCAAAAAUGGCCUCUUGUACUUCAAAAACCGCUUCCAGUGUCUAACACACAACUGAACACACCCUGGCUAUGCCUUCAUCCCUUUCUCUCAUCCCCCCUAAACGAACACUCUCUCCCUGAGUAGCUAACGGGACCUGUGAAGACACUGGAAGUGUGCUGUGUAUGUACUGUAUUUGGUU